GCCGGGGUGUUGGAAUCGGAGUGGCGCCGGAUUGACCCGCAGCUGGAGCGUCUGACGUCGCGGGGAGAUUGCUGCCGGGAGGAGCGAGCCUUGUUUCUCCAGUGGAUUAUUGCACGGCUCCCGCCGGCCCUCUGCGCCGCUGCUGAGGCCCUUGGGCUGAGGGUUGCUGCUUCUCCCCCCCCCCCGUCUGCUCCUGACUCCAAGCCGCUGUGGAUUAUAAUUGCAACAUGACCCUGGAAGAGCUGGUGGCUUGCGACAACGCUGCCCAAAAGAUGCAGACCGUCAGCGGAGCGGUGGAGCAGCUGCUGGUGGCGGCUCAGAGGCAGGACUGCCUGACCGUCGGCGUCUAUGAGUCGGCCAAGCUCAUGAAUGUGGAUCCCGACAGCGUGGUGCUUUGCCUCCUUGCCAUUGAUGAAGAAGAUGAGGGUGACAUCGCCUUGCAAAUCCACUUCACCCUCAUCCAGGCUUUCUGUUGCGACAACGACAUCAACAUCCUGCGGGUGUCCGGCAUGCAGCGGCUGGCCAAGGUCCUCGGGGAGAGUUUGGAGGACAACAGCGAACCCCGGGACCUGCACUGCAUCCUAGUGACGAAUCCCCACACCGAUUCCUGGAAGAGCCAAGGGUUGGAGGAAGUAGCCAGUUACUGUGAAGAAAGUCGCUGUAACAACCAGUGGGUCCCCUAUGUCUCGCUGCUGGAGCGUUGAGCCGGGCACUGCCUUCUCGUUUUGUGCUGAAUUCAUGUUUUUUAACAAAAAAACGACAACAUUUUAAAAAAAUAAAAAACCACCCCAUCAAAAUAAAAGCUAAGGAGUAACGGAGAGGAGAGAGCCUGGGCCGGCAGCGACAGUGUGCGUGGAAAGGGAGGAGCGCCAGGGGACUGGCGAUGGCAAAGGGGCUGUGACAGCAAAGGGGCUGUGACAGCGUGGAGACCGUUAAAGGAGGAGCAGGCGGUCAGGAGACAUGCUUGGAGGAAUGGCUGAGUCAAGGCGACUGACUCCUCGAAUGUGAAGAGUGCUCGAAUCCUGUACGCAAGGCACGACGUGUUUCUCUGACGUGUUUCUCUGUCUGCGUGGGGUGUGGAUGCCACUGAUCCAUGGCAAAAGACUGGAUUUCCCUCCGCUCCCUUUCUCUGCAGCGGGAGGGGGCAUGACCACAUUUUGCUAAGGACUUACUGUGGCAGGGUGGGGAAGAGACUGGAUUUUUAUUCCAUUUUUUGCAUCUGCUUUGUGUUGUGGAUGGAAGAUGCGAGGACUGAAAAGGACAGUUGCAAAUGAACUCUUUAUUUUUUAAUGGACAGAAUGUCUUAUAUUUAUAAGCUCAAGAUUGCAAUUUUUUUUCUUUGCACUCAAGCCACUAAGUGAUUCUAUAUAUUCUUGUACAAUGAACUUGCAAUAAAUUUCUGAACGCUAAA